AUGUUUCUCACUGAAUUUUUUGAUAUUUACUCUAAGCUUGCUCCUAACUUCAAGAAUAUUGUCAUAGCAGGGGAUUUAAACUGCAAUCUUCUGGAAAAUUCUUACGUUGCAAAUCACUUGAAAGAUUUUAUUACUGAAUCUUCCCUACAUUGCAUACCUUAUGGUGCUACUUUCCAUAAGAACGGCUGUGACUCGUGGCUAGAUGUAAUCUUGGUUGAUAGUGAAGAUAAGUUGGUCUUUUUUGCAAAGUCUGAUUCCCCGUUCGCUGAUGGUCAUGAUUAUUUACUGUGUCAAUAUAAGGUGGAUCAACUGCAACCGAUAAGCAAGAAAAUUACGUUCCGGAAUUUAAAAAACUGUGAUCAGCAAGCGCUAUCAGACUCUUUGUUUAACUCUCUAAAAAUUGACAAUUCCGUACUAGAAAAAUCUGAUCCAAAUGAACUCUUAUCAAUCUUUAAAUCAAAUGAGCUUGCUCUCUUGGACCAGCAUGCACCAAAUCACACAAAAAAUAUUUCUCGGCGCAGUAAUCCUUGGUUCACCAAAGAACUUAAAAAUAAAUGCAAAGAGCGUGAUGAGCUUUAUAAACGAGCUAAAAGGAACCAUGAUCAAACCUUACUUACGCAGUAUAAAAUCAAACGAAAAUAUGUAAAAGCUGAAAUAGCACAGGUACGAGAGUUCUAUUUGAAGACAGCUUUAUAUAAUUUGCCUUUUGGCUUUUCUGUCUGGGGUAAGCUUAAACAUCUUGGUCUCACUAAAACAAAUCCUUCUUCACCCCUAAACUUUUUUGAUGCACUAGAACUAAAUGAGUACUAUGCAAGUAUAGUUAGGAAGCAUCCAGCUGUAAACAGUGAGUUUUUAGACAGUUUGCCGAUCUCUUUCCAACGCCAGGUUGAUUGUUCAUUUCAUUGGGAAAAGAUUGAUAUCGUCGAUGUCACAAAGGCUCUUCAAUUAACUCUCAUGAAGUCUAAGGGUAAUAGUCCAGAUGGAUUAGAUUUGCGGUGGCUAAAAGAUCACCUUCCCCAAAUAUCCCUAUUUCUUACAGCUCUAUUCAACAGAUCGCUUGACACCUGUAUCUUUCCUGAGAUUUGGAAAAUCAUUUACAUCAUACCACUGAACAAGAUAACUUUGCCCAGAUCUCCUUCAGAUACAAGACCAAUAGCAAAUCUGUCUCAUUGA